AUGGCGCAACCAGCAAAAGAGCCACAGGUUAGGCUGAUCGAGUUGACGCCCGACGAACUCGCUUCCAAGGAACUCGGCUCGCACAAUCUUCAAGCUGCAGUCGAAGCCCUCCAUCGAGAUGGGAUCGUCGCGAUCAAAAAUGCCGUGGAUAUCGCACAUCUAGACAAACUCAACGCCCGAAUGGUCCCUGAAGCUAGAGACCUCUACGCACGGCCGGACACACAUCGCAACUUUGGCAACGGCACGGGCAAUAUCCAGCAAGAGCCUGUGCUUGAAGACGACUUUAUCUUCGACGAUGUCAUUGCCAACCCUUGGGCAACGCAAGCCAUCCAGUGCAUGCUCGGUCCACAAUCAAUGGUGCGAUUCUACAGCGCCAAUACUGCAUUCAAAGCGACAGAACGCCAGCCGCCACAUAUCGAUAUCACGUUCGACUUUCCAAAGGUGCCGUUUGGCUAUUGCGUGAAUAUCAAUCUCAUUGAUACGACGCCGGAAAAUGGGGCUACGGAGGUCUGGCUAGGCUCGCACGUUGAUACGGAUCGGGAUGUUCUGAAUCUUUCACAAGAAAGCAUGGAAAUCAAACCCGAGUUUCAAGAGCAACGACGCAAGAUUAGCCCGCCUAUUCAGCCUAGUCUUCCUAAAGGGUCGUUGAUCAUCCGGGACUUUAGGCUGUGGCAUGCUGGGAGACCGAAUCAGACGGAUCAGCCUCGGGUGAUGCUUGUUUCGGUGCAGUUCCCUCGCUGGUACCGGAGUAAUUUGAACAUGAAACUUCCGGCCAGUGUUAGGGAUAAGUUGAAUUGGGGGGAUGCUAUACCUUGUGUCGAGUGGAUGCCGGAGGGAUACGAUUAUCUUCAAGGCUCCCACGACCAUGAUUUUGUUUUACUACCUUAA